AUGGGCGAGUCGUUGGGACACCCAGCAGAGAUGAGUCUGGGACGCCAUCUGUCUGAGACCCCGGGCGAAAGGCGGGGCCGUGCUCGGGGCAAUUUUCAUCGAGUUGAGAGUCAGCUUUCUGUUCAUAUAUUGCAUUCUAGGAAAUCAUUCCUGAUUUCAUGGGCAGAAUACCUCGCCUCGCUACUGGGCUGGGGACAACCUAGGACAGCGCCUGCGGAUCCCAAACGUCAUAUCGUCUGGCUGUUUAACAACACAGCUUUCCAGCCUGCAACCCAGCAUGAACCUAACCCUCACGACCCAUGGAGAGUCGAGGUGGUGGCAGCUAUUUUCGAAACUCAUAGCCGUGAAGACCUUGGGCUGCUUAUAGCUGUAAUCGCAGAUCUCAUUGGUCUGGAUGGACAAGUAGGACAAGACCCCGUACUGCGUAAGCGGAUAGCAACCCGACUCCAACCUUUCGUCAGCGAAGUCGCCCCCGCUCGGUUUAUCUCUGUGGACGUCCCCCUUGCGCCUACAGACGUUCACAAGUACAAACUCAGCCCUUCUAACCAACACGGUAUUAUAUCCCAUGCUAUUCGUAUGGAAUCUGAUCGGCCGGUACGAGAUGGCACUGUUGUAUCUCCGUCGUUGAGGCACUGGCCUUCGCUUGUCGCCAUGAACACAACCUUUGCUACUCCAGAAGGCUGGCUGGUCGUGUCAGAUAUCGAUGACACCAUCAAGUACACCAUGACCCCGGAUGCCAUUGGGAUACUUCGAACAACGUUUGCGGAAGACCCGAAGCCAAUCUGUGGCAUGCCGCAACUUUAUGUCCAUAUUCAACGACAACUGCUGCCGACGUGGUUUUAUCUGUCCGCAUCGCCUUACAACCUUUACCCGUUCCUUCGUUCAUUCCUUGAACAAUUCUAUCCGCCAGGGACGAUGAUACUUCGCGAUAGCUCGUGGCAAUCUUUGGCAGGCUUGUUGCAAUCUUUCACCCAGGGACCCAAGCGUACAAAGUUGACCGCAUCCAAAAGAUCCAAAGCUGGUUCCCGAAACGAAGGAUCUUAUGUAUCGGAGAUUCGACUCAGAGUGAUCCAGAGGCAUAUGCAGAGAUGUCUGAAAAGCACGGUCUGUGGAUCAAAGCUAUUUUCAUAG